CGGGCAGGGCGGGCCCUCGGGAGGUUCCGGGAGGGCGCCCUGGGCACGCCGCUGCGUCGACCGGCCGCAGUUUCGCUUUUGGCUCCCGGUGUGGCGCUCCGCGCAGCGCGCUCCCUUAGCGGUUCCCUCGCCGGCUGAGCAAGCUCCAGACCCCGGCCGCCCGCAGCGCCGCCUCGCUUCGCACAGUGAGCCUGGACCCCUCGGCCCCGCAGCCACGGUGAGCUGCACCGGCGACGCCCCUGUCCUGACCGCAACUCCAGGAGUAUGCCAUCAGCCUUUGAGGGGCUGGUCCGGAGCGUGGUCCGGGAGCUGGAUCACAGCAGGGAGCUCAUCCCAGUGGACAGCCUUCGGAGCUCUACCAGCUUCCAGCCCUACCGACUGCUGAGCAGGAAACCCCCAAGCUCCUGGUUCUGGAGACCCCGUUAUACCUGUGUCAACCUGUCAAUCAAGGACAUUCUAGAGCCUGAUGCCCCAGAACCAGAGUUGGAGCGUGGUGGCCCUUUCCACUUCUAUGACGCUGUGGAUGGCCAGCUGCAGGGCAGUGUGGAGUUGGCAGCCCUGGGACAAGGGAAGAUCUCAGGUGGAGCUGCCGUGUCUGGCAGCUCCAGUGCCUCCAUGAACGUGUGCACACUGCGUGUGGACCCAAACACUUGGGAGACCAUGCACCAGGAGAGGCGCCUGCGGCAGCCCGAACACAAAAUCCUACAGCAGUUGAGGAGUCGCAGGGACAACGUGUAUGUGGUGACGGAGGUGCUACAGACCCAGGAAGAGGUGAAGGUCACCCGGACCCACAAGCAGGAGGGCUCAGGCCAGUUUGCACUGCCUGGAGGCAUGUGCUUUCAGGGUGAGGGCCAGGGCCAUCUGAGCCGGAAGAACAUGGUCACCAUCCCUGCAGGCAGCAUCCUUGCCUUUCGAGUGGCCCAGCUCAUCAUUGGCUCUGGCUCUGACUGGGAUAUACUGUUCUUCCCUGAUGAGAAGAAGAGGACCUUCCCACAGCCCCCCACAGGCAACAAGCCUCCCAGAGAUGCAGGCAACUCACUGCGACCCGCCUUCAGCCUCAGCUCCAUGUUAGGGUCCCUCCAUGGCCACCUCAAGCUCCUAUCAGAUGGGCCACCUGAAGAUCGGGUUGUCACUGAAGACUUCCAGGGCCUGCAAGCAGAGGUGCAGGCGGGCUCUGAGGAGCUGCAGCACCUGGAGAAGCACCUGAGGCAGCAGCUCCUGGGGGACCUGGGGAGGGUCCUGCGGGACCCGCUGGCCCUGCAAGCUUUAGAGUCCUCACUGGAGCAGGGCCUGUGCUGCGGCGGGCGGGUGGAACCCCUGGACGGUCCAGCAGGCGCUGUCCUCGAGUGCCUGGUACUGCCCUCCAGAAUGCCAGUGCCAGAACUCGCCGCCCCUGUCUUCUACUUGCUGGGGGCACUGACAGUGCUGAGUGAAACCCAGCGUGAGCUGCUGGCUGAUUUGCUGGAGACGGGGCCCCUGCUGGGGCCGCUAAAGCUGGUGGAGCACCUCUUGCAGCAGAGCACUCCCUGGCAGGAGCGGAGUGCCGUGUCCUUGCCCCCUGGGCUCCUUGGGAGUGGCUGGGGCGAGGAGGCUCCAGGGUGGACCUUGCUGGAGGAGUGUGGCCUGGUGCUGCAGGCGGGCACCCCCCACGUGCGCUGGGAGCCUCAGGCCCAGGGCCCCACGUGUGCACUCUAUGCCUCCCUGGCGCUGCUGGCAGGGCUAAGUCGGGAGCCCUGCUAACCUGCUCGCCGCGCAGCUCUCCCACCAGGCACCACCCUCUGCCUGCCCUUGGAAGGCUGAAAGCCCAAUUUAACUACAGGGCCACUCCAAGGCCCAGGAAUUAGGAAAACUCAAUAAAUGUG